CCCCCCCAACCCAGUGGCUCGUGCGCGUGCGCCUCGCUCCGACCUCGGGCUGCGCGGCGACGGGAGCGGAAGUGGUCCGCUGACCCGGGGGCGGUGCGAGGUCCCACCGGAGCAGGGUGCGUCACUGAGACCACUGCUCACCAACUGCAGAUUCCAGCUCGCCCGCUCCUGGGCUUCCUAGUCUACAGAAGAGCCAGUGUGAAGCCUCAGAAGAUCCCCGCCCUUUGUCCGGGGCAGAACAGGAUGGCCGCGGCCCGGGAAUCCUUGACCUUCAGGGAUGUGUUUGUGGACUUCACCCUGGAGGAGUGGCAGCAACUGGACUCCGCUCAGAAGAACCUCUACAGGGAUGUCACGCUGGAGAACUACAGCCACCUGGUGUCCGUGGGAUACCUCGUUGCCAGCCCGGAUGAGGUCUUGAGAUCGGGACGAGGAGAAGAGGCCAGGAGGGCAGAGGGAGGGCCGUCGGCGUGGACCUAUCCAGGCAUUCACAUAGUGACCUGUGGACCCCGCAGGAUCCUCACUGUUAGGCCCCACCUGAUGGAAAUUGUUCCAGAAAGCCCCGGGUGGUCCUGGUUCUGUGCACU